ACUCUCGCGAGGUGCGCACACGCAACGAGCAGACAACAACAACAACAACAACAACAACCACAAUAACAACCACAUAAUAAGCUUCCCAACAAGCUCGCUCGCCAUGUAUCUGGAUACGAAAAACUUGACAGUCAGCAGCAACACAGCUACGACAACAGCAACAACAAUGACAACAAAUGCACCCAAAGUGGCGCGACGCAUGCGUAAAGUUUGGCAGCCACUGCGUAGAUUACUGGCAGUGGGUGGCAAAGGUCGACCCGCCAGCAAACCACAUCCCAACAAUGUGGAUCUCAAUAACACAUUAUUGCUGCACACAGCUGAGCACUUGGAGCAAGCUGACAGCAAGGCCACGCCUGAGGAGUCUUUACACAAAUUUGAGCUGCAGGAGGAGCUUGCACUGACGCCACCGCCACCCAAUACGCCCACACUCAUUAGCAGCGUUUAUGUGGAAAAGGUGAGCGCGCAAAGCUGCAAUGCCUGCCAGCAUGGACGCAACUGCCAGCACAUACAUCACGACAGCAACACAAACAUCAACAGCAGCAACAAUAUUUGCGAGAAUUCUACGCCCGCACCUACGCUUUGGGACCUGCCGCUGCCACUGGCACUGCCACUUCCGCUGCAGUACAUUAGCACCGACAACGGCACCUUUUUCUGGGCCAACACACAAGAGCGCGUCGACGAUGAUUUGCUGCAGGCGUGGCUAUGUCAAAGCUUUAGCCAACUGCCAGGCACACUUUGCUAGCCCAGCUGACAAAAGUUGGCAAGCAAAAAAUAACAGUUAAACGAUCUCAUUUGGGUUGCAGCCCAAAGAACAAUUUAUUAGUUUGUAAGUUGGUUGUUCAACACAUUUAUUUAUUUCUCUCACGCAAUAUUUACUUUGUUAAUGUGAUAUCAAAUUGCAAAUAAAUAUAAAAGAAAACUAUUGUACUACAAAUGAAAAGAAAAGCAAUUUUAAGUUUUAU